AUGCAACCGGCUUUCCCUGGUGCCCCGGUGCGUGCUCUCGGCUUCACCCUUGACAGCGAAGCCCAGCUGAGGACGUUGCAUGUCUCCUCAAUCCUGACAGCUGUGCUUGUUUUCUCCCCGCAAACAGAAGAAAAUGAAGAAAUGGCUCUCCCUGUGGAGUCCGAAGCCACCCUGGAUGCCUGCAGCCAGCGGAGAAACAAUGCAGGCUUCUGCUAUUGCUUCCUGCUGGCUCCCCCUCCUCAAGCCCCUCGCUGUGGCUGGGGGGUCUGCAAGCCAAAAUUGUCACGUGCCUCUUCUGUGAUUCAUCAGCCUCUUCUCGGGGAGAAAUUGACACUCCCUCAAAUGACACAAAAACCUCAGCUCACCUUGCAGGAAAAAGAAGAGGUGGUCAAGGGUCUUUUGAAAUACCUCAUCCCCUUGUCUGUGGUGUAUUUUGCUGAAUACUUCAUCAAUCAGGGGCUGUUUGAAUUGUUGUACUUUCGAAACACAACUUUAAAUCACCCCCAACAAUAUCGCUGGUAUCAGAUGCUGUAUCAGGCAGGGGUUUUUAUUUCCUGUUCCUCUGCCAGCUGUAUACGAAUCCGAAAGAUAUGGCUUCUGGCUAUAUUGCAGUGCCUGAAUAUGGUGUUUCUCCUGUUUGCCGUGCGCUACCUGUUUCUACCCAGCAUCCAUGUGGUUUUCGUGCUGAUAUUGUAUGAGGGAUUGCUGGGAGGAGCUGGCUAUGUGAACACUUUCCAUUGUGUCAGCGAAGAGAGCAAGCCGGAACAUCGAGAAUUUGCCAUGGGAGUAGCUUGCAUAGCUGACACUUUGGGCAUCUCACUCUCAGGAGCCAUUGUUAUCUCUGUCCACAACUAUUUCUGUCACCUUCCUUGA